AUGCAGACCCCUGGUGAGGAAGACCUGGUCCACAAAAAAAACGCCCAGCGGAGGGUCGAGGAGCACAUGCGAUGGAAGGCGGCUUUUUUUCAGAGCAGGCCACCCCCACCGUUUGUCCCCCAGUGCCGCCGACGUCGUGAGCCAAUAGCUUCGAGUCCGGUCCAUAUAUUUCACAAGCGGGCACUGGAGCUUGUUGCCGCUGAGCGACCGCCUGUGGUUUCGUCGUCGUCAAUGAAUGCGUGGCCCGUUGCAGCAGCAGAGAAAUCUGACCCUAAGCGUUCGGCCUGGUUGGAGCAGAUGAAGUCGGAGAUGAAUCGCCGCAAUCCGUAUACAGAUUUGAAUAUAUGCUCGGACCCGCGGUGCACAGUUGUGAUGUCGGGGUUGCACGCCAAAACGGUGGAGGAGGACAUCCGCAUCUUCAGCGAGCAGUUUGGUCGUGUGGUCAGCACUCGUCUAAUUUUUGACCGUAAUGGUCACAGCCGACGGUAUGGCUUUGUGCAGUUUGGACGGGAGGCGGAUGUGCAGAGAGCAGUUGCAAGUAGUGGAAAGAGGCGGCUUCACGGUCGGAGUGUUGUGAUCGACGUGGAGCGAGGGCGGCAGGAACCUGAGUUUCUGCCGAAACGCAUUGCAAAAGCUGUGAAAUUGCAGGGAACGUCGAUCAAUUCCCCCGUUUUGCCGUCUGGAGACACGCCAAUUGGCAAGCGCCAGCGCAAUGAGACCGAACGGCAACAAGAUCGAUCAAGGGAGGCUCCAACUAAGCUGGAGCCAUCGGGAGGUGAACUGAGACACCGUGAUGAUGUGGACAUCCUUCUGGAUGAUAUCAUGAGUAUUACGUGA